CGGAGACAGCGGGCUGGAGGGAAAGGGAUCGGAGCGGAGGGCACGAUGAUGACGGCGGAGAGAGGGCGAGUGGCGACGGUCCCGGGCACCGGGCUGCCCAAACCCGUGCCCAUGAACCUAUUCGCCACCUGGGAGAUCGACAGGUCGUCACCGAGCUGUGUGCCCAGACUGUGCAGCCUGACAUUAAAGAAGCUGACUGUACUCAAAGAACUGGACAAGGAUCUGAACUCUGUGGUCAUUGCUGUCAAAAUCCAGGGCUCGAAACGAAUCCUAAGAUCGAAUGAAUACCUUCUCCCCCCAGGUGGACUGAUGGAGACUGAGUUAGAGCUCACCUUUUCCUUGCAGUAUCCCCACUUCCUGAAGAGAGAUGCGAACAAACUACAAAUAAUGUUACAGAGGAGAAAGAGGUAUAAAAACCGGACCAUUCUGGGCUACAAGACGCUAGCAUUAGGGACGAUUGAUAUGGCUGAGGUAAUGCAACAUCCCACAGAUGGGGGACAAGUACUUGGGCUUCAUUCCAACAUGAAAGAUGCUUCAGUGCGGGUCGCUGAAAUCAGCAUCUACUCUCUCUCCAGCCAGCCAAUCGACCACGAAGAUGGCAAUGUACAAGCAGGGUCCAAGAUAAAAGCCUCAGAUCGAUCUCCAGAUCUAGAUAAUUACUCCGAGGAAGAAGACAGUUUUUCUUCCGAGCAGGAGGGCAGUGAUGAUGCUGUUCCAUGUCAGGAUUUAUAUGAUGAAGAUGAUGAACUGAGAAAACCGAAGAAGACCCGACGGAAAAUGAGCCGCACGACCUCGAUGACACGGCAACCAAACUUUAAACAGAAAUUCGUUGCCUUGCUGAAGAGAUUCAAAGUGACCGAUGAGGUGCUGGACUCUGAUCCUGUGGACCAGACCCAGGAAGCAGAAGAGGAUCUUGACCUACUUUACGAAAGCCUGGAAGUUUACAACCCCAGUGACAGUGGCCCAGAAAUGGAGGACAAUGAAAGCGUUCUCAGCACACCAAAGCCCAAACUAAAGCCAUUUUUUGAAGGAAUGUCACAUUCCAGCUCACAAACCGAGAUUGUCAGCCUCCAGAGCCAUAAGAGCCAAACGAAGGAACAACCAAGUCCAGCUGAAUUCUGUCCAGUAGAGAAUGAGAAUGCGAGCAGCACCAGUCUGCAGGAGGAGGCUGCUGUCGAAGCCAUAUCCCUCGAUCUAGAGGAAGAAGAAACCAUAACUGGAGAUGGGAAUAACUGGGAAGCAUCUCUGGAGAAACUGCCACCACUAUGCAAAAUAACAAAAACUGAAUCGCAGGUUAUUGUAUCUCCCAGUAAGUCAGAAAGUAAACAACUGCGACGACCCAGGAGUACUUCACUGAAAGAUCGGCACAACUCAAGGACACAAGGUGACAGAGCCAGCAGUUUCGACAGCGAGUGCUUGCCAGACUCCAGAUUCAAUACUCAGGUCCCUCGUAAGUCUGUUUAUGACCAACUGAACCAGAUCCUAAUUUCAGACGACCAGCUGCCAGAGAGCAUUAUCCUGGUGAACACUACAGAUUGGCAAGGACAGUAUCUGUAUGAACGACUGCAUGAGAAGAGCCAGCCAAUGGUCUGCACAUGUUCAGUGGCAGAUAUCCACGCAGCAUUUAACACCAUUGUUACCAGAAUACAGAGAUUCUGUAACUGUAACUCACAGAUGCCUCCUCCAGUCAAAGUGGUCGUGGCUGGGGAUCAGAGCUUCCUCAGCACCAUCCUGAGGUUCUUUGUUGAGCAAUUGGCAAGCAAAACCCCCGACUGGCUGAACUAUAUUCGCUUCCUGAUCGUCCCCCUAGGCUCCCAUCCUCUGGCCAAGUAUUUGGCAUCGGUUGACAACAAAUACAACAGCUCCUUCAUGGACUCCGCGUGGAGGGAUCUUUUCAACAAGACAGAGCCUCCAACUGCAGAAACCUUUGACAUCAUCAGCCGGAUUAUGCAGUAUGUGUCUGGAGCCAACAUGUCCCAUCAACUCCCAAUAUCUGAGGCUAUGCUGACUUACAAACAGAAGAGGUGAGACUGCUGAAUCAGACAGCUGUUUGCUAGCUGCCACUACAGUUUUUCCUGCCAAUCUUUCAUUCCAGAUCUGGGUGUGGUCAAAGUGGGUGUCGUGGAGCAAUCCCUCUCAACGUCAGUGGACUCUGAUGAUGCGACUUUGUGUAAUGUCGGUAUCUUGUCUCCGACACCAACCCCCAGCAGCACGGCUUACACAAAAGAUAUCAAUGCCACGCCACCACCUUCCCCUUCUGUCUCAGGAGUCCUCUCUGGAGCUUGCUCCCCUGGGAGCGGAGCAGAGGUGAUGGGACUGCAGGUCGAUUAUUGGACAACACAACUUCCGGACAAGAAAAGGGAUGGUGAGAAACGGGACAUUGGCAACAAGAACACCUUGAAGAGCAAUUUCCGGUCGCUCCAAGUGACUCGCCUACCUAACGGUGGUGAGAUGGUGCCACCAGCCACCAUGCUGAUGACUGUGGUAACCAAAGAGAAGAAUAAGAAAGUGAUGUUUUUAAGUAAGAAACCAAGGGAGAAAGAGCUGGACUCUAAGAGCCAAGUGAUCGAGGGAAUCAGCAGGUUAAUCUGUACUGCCAAACACCAGCAGACCAUGCUCAAAGUCUCCAUCGAUGGAGUGGAAUGGAAUGAUGUCAAAUUCUUCCAGCUAGCUGCACAAUGGCCUACUCAUGUCAAAUACUUCCCUGUGGGAAUAUUCGGCUACUCCAAGACCGUGUGACGAGUGGGAUCAGACUGUGGGUACUGCUGCCCUACCUUUUCCUGUGGACUAACUCUGAUUCUGGCACUGACCUGGUGGGUUUUUAUUUAAAAGCUGGAGGGAAAAGUUGACCUGUUUUUUUUUUUAAUUUAAGAACCACAUGAUUCAGCGUGGAUCACAGACUGUGAGGGCCUCUGACAGCUCUCCUCACAGAUGCACUUUUCACAAGAUUGUCGUCUACCUGAAUUUGUAACUUUGAAAUAAAGAAAAGAACCAGGAAGAAAGUUCCCUGGGUAAAACUCAA